CGGGCCUGGUAAAUCACUAGUUCGUGCCUUUGACGGCUAACCAUCAAUUGGCUCCGCGUUCAAAACACGCUCGGUCCUCGGUACAUAAAAAAAAAUUCGCGUUCGAUGUUCCAUUAAAUCGCCAAGUGACCGGUCACGUGACUGUACCCGCGGGGAGCACCACGGCCGUCCGACAGACUCGCGGUAGAACGACCCGGACGAUCGGCGCGCGCUCGAUCCGGUCUCCACGGCCGCCCGAUCCAUCGGAUUUCCACGCGAUCCGAUUCCUCCCCGGACCGCCCGCAGUUUUCCACCGCAAAACUCCCACGAUCCUGCCGUCCCGAGGCUCGCGAUUAUGAUAUCUCUUCAGUCCCACAAUCAGGUUGUGUACCAUCUGACGCAGCUGGCGUUGACUGCCUCUCCCAGGACUACUUCGUACUCGGUCCGAGUUAAGAAACAGGAUGAAUCCUCACAAAAGAAUGCGGAGGAGACAGCAAUUUGUCUUGACAGUCUCAAGGAGGCAGCGAGAAAUUGUACCGAGUUACCGGAGAUAAAUCUGAGCACUUCCAACGUGCUACAAAUGAAGGACAAUAAGGUGUGCUUGAUGCUGGACAACGUAGCCGUCAGCGUACUUAGGGAACCCUUGGAAAAGAAUAACAAGUGGAAAGUGUCUUACUUAUCCGGCCUAAGUUUCGCCGAGAACAAACGGGACUUUCCGUGCUCCUUGUUCACGGAGCCCAUUAUUCUACCCGUCAUUCAUCUAGCGAAUAGACAGCAGCACAGACUGUUGCACACGUGGUACAGCAAGAAGCUGCACAGUCAUAUGCCGAUUCGCACAUUCAAGUCUCAGCGUAAUAUAAAAAUGGAACUGGAGCAAAACCCACCGUUCAUGAACAGAAUAAAGAAGUGGCUGGGCCUGUCUCCUAAUGUACAAAUGGGUUUGGUAUCCGAGUUGAAAGGUUCGGAUUAUAAGAAGCUAAAGCAGAUUUUCAAUGAUACUGAUGCAACAACGGACGAACAGAAAAGAAUAAAAAUUGCUUUCGUGGAGGGAUACGAAUCUGGGCUACAGCGCCAGAUGCGGGGCCGCGGCAACGCAACAAUGUUACUGAAAAUUGUGCACACUAUGCUAGCUGUCUGCGCUAUUGUUGUUGUAAUUUUGCUUUAUCUCAGCUACCCAGGAGGAGGAAUAUUCAAGCUUCCUAUGAGUCAUAGGAUUGAAAUUGAUCCUGAAGAUAUCCACGUCACUUUUAACGAUGUUAAAGGGGUAGAUGAAGCAAAGCAAGAACUUCUGAAUGUAGUUGAAUUCUUAAAGAACCCUGACAAGUUUUCCGCCCUCGGCGGAAAGUUGCCGAAGGGAGUAUUGUUGGUCGGUCCGCCAGGAACAGGAAAAACAUUGUUAGCGCGCGCAGUCGCUGGAGAAGCCGGUGUACCAUUUUUCCACGUGGCAGGCCCUGAAUUUGAUGAGAUCCUCGUUGGCCAAGGUGCCCGACGUGUCAGAGACUUGUUCAGAGCGGCGAAAGAAAAGGCACCGUGCGUAGUGUUCAUUGAUGAGAUCGAUUCUGUGGGUGCGAAAAGGACGAAUUCAGUCCUUCAUCCUUAUGCGAAUCAGACAAUUAACCAGUUACUUUCUGAAAUGGAUGGCUUUCGUCAGAACGAAGGUGUCAUAAUUCUUGGUGCCACAAAUAGGCGUAAGGAUCUUGACAAAGCGUUAAUGCGUCCUGGUCGUUUCGACGUUGAGAUUUAUGUGAACAAGCCUGAUUACGGUGGUCGUAAGGAGAUAUUAGACCUCUACUUAUCCAGAAUAUUAACUCACGAAGUCGAUACGGUUUAUUUAGCACGCUGUACUAUAGGAUUCACUGGAGCCGAUCUCGAAAACAUGGUAAACCAAGCUGCAUUGCGCGCGGCAAUUGAUGAAGCAGACUACGUCACUAUGAAAUAUUUGGAGUAUGCUAGAGAUAAAGUAUUGAUGGGUCCAGAGGGCAAACUGAAGUUACUCGACGAAGAAGUCAAUCGCAUUACAGCAUACCACGAAGCAGGACAUGCUCUAGUAUCAUUUUACACCAAAGAUGCUACGCCGCUUCAUAAGGUCACUAUUGUGCCAAGAGGACCGUCGUUAGGUCAUACUUCUUACAUGCAUGAGAAGGAUGUUUAUCACGUCACAAAGUCACAAUUAUUAGCCAGAAUGGAUUCCCUGAUGGGUGGCAGAGCUGCAGAAGAAUUAGUAUUUGGGCCAGAAAAAGUGACGACAGGAGCUUCUUCUGAUUUAAUGGAGGCAACGAAGAUAGCGGAAGUGAUGGUAAAGAUGUACGGAAUGUCAGAGAAGGUGGGAUUCAGGUCAAUAGUGAAGAAUAAAAAGCUUAUGGGUGAUAACAGCACGUACGCGCCAAGUACGAAUGAGCUCAUUGACACUGAAGUAAAACGACUUUUACAGGAAUCGUAUGAACGUGCGAAAGCAAUUUUGAAAAUCCAUGCGAAAGAACACAAACAGCUAGCAGAAGCCUUAUUACAGUAUGAGACAUUGGAUGCAGAUGAUGUAGCUGCCAUAGCAAAUGAAACGGGACUUAGCAAACGAGAAUCGUCUGCAGAUCCAAAGAGACCGGCGAAAUAAUCUUAAUCUAAAUGUAAUUAUUUGUGAACAUUUCUUGAAAAGUUUGUUCUUGGUCUGUGUUCGUUUAAUAAAAAUUUGGGCAAUACACUAUUUUCUUCAAAAAAUGGAAAUUAUCGAGGUUAUCGACAAGGAACUGAUUAUCGACAAUUUCGUCUUCCCUUCAUGCCCGAGAUCCGCAAUUGAAGAAUCGCAAAGUGCCCAGCGAGUAUGAAAGUAUGUCGGAAAUACAAUUAAUUUUGAUUUACCAUUACACGAUCAUAGAUAUAAAUUGAAUUAUGUAUAUACAUACAUACAUACACAUAUUUAUAUACAUAUA